ACUCAGACCCCCUCCGCUCCUCCGCCGGGUGGCUGACAGUCAAGACAGUCGGACACUGUGGGAAUGUGUGGCGAAGACUAAAUUUCACUUGUUUUCCCCAGACAGAGAGGUUUGCAUGACAGAUAUUACCCGGAGGUAGCGAUGUCUCAGCAGCAGCGGCUCGUCCAGCUCUCCGCCGCCUCGCUCGUCCUGGUCUUCGGGAGGGACGGGGACCGCGUCCGCGGCGAGAGACCUGACGCCGACGCCGCGGCAAGUGGCCGGGAGAUUUUUGCCGACUUCAAAGAGCGAAACCUCCGCAGCUUCUGGAAUAAGCGACUCGUCAAAGCGGUGGCCGAGGUUCACUUCCAAGGGUGGCUGGAGAACUCGGUUCUUUUUGUCCAAGGCAACGUGAACCACUUGGAGGUGUUGCGCGAGGCAUGGAUGCGCAGGGCUCUGAGGUCACCUAAGGGGUUUGUCAUCAGGGCAGUGGGUGAUCUGUCCCCGGUUCAGAUGUCACCUGUUCCCCAGUCUCAGUUCAUCCCCUUGGCUGAGGUACUGUGUUGUGUCAUCUCAGAUAUGAACUCUUCCAACAUCACUGUCAACCAGGAAGCACUCAUUAACCACAUGAGCAAAGCCCAUCCAGGGAUGACAAUACCCACCCAGGACAUCCUGUACAAUGCCCUAGGUGCUCUGAUCAAGGAGCGCAAGAUUUACCACACAGGAGAGGGGUACUUCAUUGUCACGCCGCAGACCUACUUCAUCACUAACAGCAUGGUCCGAGAGAAGAGCUGGUGGGCAUCGGGUUCAGGGGACGAACCUCCCUCACCUCCUCCCAUCACCUACCUGCUGAGCAAUGAGGCCUGCAUAGAGAGUGCUCAGACUCCCUCGGUGGCCCACUGCAAGUCUUGCAGCUGCUUCACACCUCCUCAAACAUCCUCGAACAUCACCACUGCUACUGUAACAGCCACUGUCCCUCCUUCCACAGUCCAAGACCAGCAUUCUGUCUCAGUAUCCAUAAGCGAAUGCACAGGCAAGAGCUUGAAGUGGCCCCGACCAUCAGAUCACAAACCCACAGUGCAGCAUCAGUCCACAUCCACAGCGGUGGACUGCCAGGCCAGCGAGGCCAGCAAAACCACAACCACCACGAAUGCCACCAGCCGCAAGGACAAAGACAGCAAACCGGGAAGGAAAUUUGGCCUCAGCCUGUUCCGUAGAAAUGGAGGAAAAAAAGAGAAGCCAAAGAAGGAGUAUGCCUCAUUUUCAGGCCAAUUCCCUCCAGAGGAAUGGCCCGUACGAGAUGAGGAUGACCUGAAUAACUUACCACGUGAUCUAGAACAUGCCAUCAUUAAACGCAUUAACCCUGAACUCACUGUAGACAACCUAACACGCCACACAGUCCUUAUGAAGAAGCUGGAGGAGAGAGGGGAGAAAGUAAUGGAUAGGGUGCUGGACAGGGGUCUGGAAAGAGGAGACAGGGGAGUAGACAAGGGAAUAUCAACCGAGAUCCUGACUUUCUCCAAACCUAGGCACCACCAUUCCACCAGGGUGGGGAGGAGGCCUGCAGCCAAGGCCUCACGCAGCAAGCGAAGGGCCCACUCUUCCAGGGAGAAGCAGAGAGACAGGGAGAAGGAGAGGGACAGGGUUACAAAUAAGGUCUCCAAAUGUGGGGAUCUCUACCCUGAGGCAGAAGACCUGGUCCCCUCUCGACUCAGGCCAGAGAUCCCUGUGGAUGAGCCAGAGCGCCCAGAGGAGGCUGGAGAUGGCAGAGGAGCUGCAGAUGGGAAGUGUCUCUACAAAAAGCGCAUUGACAACCCUUUCCAUUGUCCACCAUUCAAGGACCCUGCCCAGACUAUUACAGCCUCAUCCAACAGGGAGCAUAGGAGGCGAGAAGUAAAGGAGUGCAAAGCUUUAGGGGCAGGAAGGAGGGAGCGAGGAGGGAACCGCUCCAAAUCAUGGGAUCCACAUCGGACCAAAGCGGUCACUGUAGGUGGGGAGCAUACGGGGAAAUCCUGCACAGCUGAGGACAGGUAUGACUGUAUCCAUGAUAGGGGCUUUACAGCUGACCAGUUUCUCCGACCAGACACAAAGCACAGCCGAGAACUGCCAUCAGACUACAGCUCAGCCUACCCGCAAAGCAGCACUUUGAGGAUAGAUGACAAGGUCAGAUAUCAGAGGGAGGGAAAGAGCGUGGACAGCUGGGAGAGAGAGAGAAACCACAGGCAAGAGGAGGCACUGUGUAGAGGUGUAACAAACUACAAACAACAAAUAGGCCAGACUCCAGAGGAAAGCCUUGCCAAAAGCCAACCAUACUCUGACACUGGUGUCAGCCUGCCUACCCACCUUACUGAUCCAGUCACAAAUCUCUCAUAUGACUCAGCCCUGGCCUGGCCUAAGCCCUCUCUGCAGCGCAAGCACUCCCUCAGACAUACUGAAACACAAAGAGCUGACACCGGCAUGCCUGGUCUGCUAUCUUCACACCUGCAGGCGAGUAGUUCUGCACAGAGUCAAGGACAGCAGGGGAUAGGAUCGAAUGUAGAUGGGAGAGAGCAAAGAAAUGUGGGCCAGAGUGACAGACAGAAAGUGACAACUGACAGCAUCUUGUCAAUGACAGACGCCGAUGGCUUCAUCGAAGAUGAUGACAGGCUCUACGAGAAAGCAGAUGAAGAAGACGAGGAUGCCUGCAGCUCCUUGUAUCUGAAUGAAGAGGAGCUCGUAGACACUACAAUAGCCUACCAAACAGGCCUAGCUCAUUACCAUGACCCCCAGCUGCUUAACCAUGUCCAUGACAACAAUUUACAAUCCCACGAAUGCAACAAUCACUAUCAUAAUUUGCAGCCUCACCGCACACAAGCCCACUCCACUAUCAAAGAUGACUGGGACAGCACUUACAAAGAAAGCAUUACUGUAGCAACCCAGAAAGAAGUGUCUGUUAGCCCCGCCAGACUUGGUGAGACCGGUUGGAGACACCACCAUUGCCAUCAGCAUAAUAGAUUGCCAGAGGUCCAAACCGAGGUCAGCCCCAGACGAGGAACAUCGUUCCAUGGGGAAAAACCAAAGGAGGCUAGCUUCAACUCGGAGUGCCUGGACCCCUCUGAGGCUGCAGACAGCAGCAUCUUUGACUACUGCCAGACUAGUGAAGUGGAAUCAGAUGCAGAGACCCUCCGUAAGUCUGUCGACGAGGGAGAUGGUGAAUCCAUCCUAUGGGGGUGUGAGGUAGAGGAUGUGGCGAUGGAAAGAUUUGGGACUAGUGGGGAUAGGGGAGUCCCUCAGAGCCAUGGAGCCAGUCCGAGCAUGCCCAGUGAAGCCAGAAGAGGAGAGAGUGGAGAGACAACGGAAAUGGGAGAAAGCCAGAGUAUCACAGGAGACAGUGGUAUAGACUCCCCGAGGACUCGUGUCAGUCUGGCCUCCAACAACACUGUGAUUCUGGAGGGUCUGAAGAGGAGGGGUUUCUUACAGAACUUGGAGAAACUGCAUUCCAAGAGUAGUGCCAUAAGACCACAGAGCUCACUGCUACAGCUCACCCCCGUCAUGAACGUAUAGUGGGCCCUUGAGUCCCUCCUGCAGAAGCAUUGCAUCAGAGUCCACACGUUUCCUGACGCAACUCAAAACAAGCGGCCAAAAAAAACAUGUUACAACCUCCAAUCCUGACUUGACUCCUUUUAAUGAACUGGGUCGUAAAACAUAUCCAGCGGGGGAUGUGCUGUACUUGGGUGCUUAUGUCUAGACCUGUUGUACUUGAGGUCUGUGUACAGAUGUGUAAUUUUUCUUUUUUGUACAUAGGUUUUGAGGUGACAUAUUUGAUGAUAUAUCCAUUCACGGACCACACAGCCGUGGUUUAUUGACGGCUAGUGUUGUGGAGCCGGGAAGAGAGUGACAUAGAGUAAAGACUUCACUUUACAUUUCACAUUAACGAGAUUCUUCCCAACCUUGUUUUCUUCUUCUUCUUCUUUACCUGUUCUCAUGUAGCAAUUUGCCAUAAAUAAACAUG